GAAAAGAGGUCGAUUCGCGCCGUUUCCAAACAAGCCUGACUGGCCGACCGACCCCCCCCUCUCUAUGACGCUGCAACAGCUGCAAAUGUAGUUGCCUCUCUCAAGCCCGUAGAGUGGACACGGGAUUAGCGAACCCAGUGUGACGUUGGCUUUCAGCAACGACGGCGCAAGCACGGGCGUGCAGCCGAGCGAAAAAAAAAUAAAAAAAUAGUCAUCGUUGUGGAGAGGUCGAGACACAGUGGGUCGAGAGGGGUGGCCAAGCAAGCGGCACCGUCGUCGUCGUCGUCAGAACACGCGACGCAACGACGGAAAGCGCUCGUUCAUCCGCUUCCGCCGAUCGGCAGUCUACAAAUAGUCAGGCGCGAACCAGUUUUUCGUCGUGCGCCAAGCUGGGCUGCACGCAGAGUGAUCCGAUUAAGCCUCGCGUUGCUUCCACUGCUUGCGCCGCCGGUGAAGAAGUCGAGAUGCCGCAGUCAUCCUUUCCUCCGGCCCUCUCUCCGCAGUGCAUCGCUCUGCUCAAGGAAUCGAUCCACCUGUUCGAAGAACCCGUACAGGAGCAACAAGUGCACGUCUUCAUUGUGCUCGGUGCAUCGGGAGACUUGGCCAAAAAGAAGAUCUACCCGACGUUAUGGGCUCUCUUCAGGGACGGUCUGCUGCCACCAAAAACGAAGUUCGUCGGCUACGCGAGGUCCAACAUGACCGUGGAAAGUCUAAGUGAGAAGAUUGAGCCCUACCUUAAGGUCAAAGAGGAGGAGAAAGAGAAAUUCUCGAAUUUCCUGAAGCUGAACAGUUACAUCAGUGGCAAGUAUGACGCGAGUGAAGACUUCGACAAUCUUGACGGCGAGCUACGCAAACUGGAAGGGUCGUCGGCCAACCGGAUCUUCUACAUGGCACUGCCGCCCACAGUCUUUCAGGCUGUUGCUACUAACAUCAAGCGGCACUGUAUGAGCAAAAAGGGUUGGACCAGGGUGGUCAUCGAAAAGCCCUUUGGUAAGGACUCUGCGUCCUCGGCGGAGCUCUCGAACCACCUCGCAUCGCUCUUCGACGAAUCUCAGCUGUACCGCAUCGACCACUACCUCGGCAAGGAGAUGGUCCAAAACCUCAUGGCGAUCAGGUUUUCUAAUCAGAUUUUCGGUCCCACUUGGAACCGGAACAGCAUAGCGAGUGUUGUGAUCUCCUUCAAGGAGCCCUUUGGAACGCAGGGGCGGGGGGGCUACUUCGACAGCUUUGGGAUCAUCAGAGAUGUAAUGCAGAAUCACCUGCUGCAGAUUAUGUGCCUGGUUGCUAUGGAAAAGCCAGUCUCUACAAAUGCCGAGGACAUUCGAAAUGAAAAGGUGAAGGUGCUCAAGUGUGUGCCCCCAAUCACCAUGAACCACGUGGUGCUGGGGCAAUACGUGGGCAAGCCCGACGGCACGGGGGAGGAGAGGCUGGGCUACCUGGACGACCCCACGGUUCCCGCCGGGUCCCGCACUGCCACCUAUGCCACGGCAGUGGCCUACAUCAACAACGAGCGCUGGGAAGGGGUGCCCUUCAUCCUGCGCUGCGGCAAAGCGCUGAACGAGAGGAAGGCGGAGGUGCGCAUCCAGUACAAGGAAGUGCCCGGCGACAUCUUUGGCGGGAACAGCAAGCGCAACGAGCUGGUGCUGCGAGUGCAGCCAGGGGAGGCCAUCUACGUCAAGCUCAUGUCCAAGAAGCCCGGCAUGGCCUUUGACAUCGAGGAGACAGAGCUGGAUCUGACCUACGGCAGCCGCUACAAGGGCAUGACGAUGCCGGAUGCCUAUGAGCGUCUCAUCCUGGACGUGUUCUACGGGAGCCAGGUGCACUUUGUGCGGAGCGACGAGUUGGCGGAGGCAUGGCGCAUCUUCACGCCCCUGUUGCAUCAGAUCGACCGGGAGCGGCCCCAGCCCGUGCCCUACGAGUACGGCAGUCGUGGCUUCAAGGAGGCUGACGAUCUUUGGAAGCAAGUCGGCUUCAAGUUUUACGGCACAUAUCGGUGGACGAACACUGCGGCGUAGUUCGCGUCUCUCCUGUAUUUAUAAGUUAUGCAAACCCAACGAAUAUUACCUUACAUAUUGAGAAGUUCUCCUUGUUGUGAAAUUAACAAGAUCUGCUAUCUUUCUCCUAAGGACUACCGUUUUUGUUAUUGAAACCAGUAUUUUUUUACAUUGCCAAUGAAUAAAAAAUUGUUAAAAGUUC